GAAUUCUCUCCGGUCCCGCUUUAUUUCGGUUGUUCGUAAUCUUACUCAAUUUUACGAUUUCAACCACAACCACAUCCACAUCCACAUCCCACCAUCCGUUCAAUCUACCACACAACGUUAGAACAAACCUUCCUCCUCCUCCACCCCACGAAAAUACAUUGCCCUUGAUUGUGCAAAGUAUCAUACAUUCCUUUAAUAAUAAACCCCGUCCUUUGCGACCUCGAUUUGCUGUCGUGAUUCACCUCGCGACUCCAUCUCACUUGAACCUGGGUCCUUGUCGCAUCUUCGCAGCAACAACAAGACCUUCGGAAACAAGAGCUUGCUAUUCACACCCUGAUAACAAACAUCAGCCAGUGAUUGCUCGGACUUCGACUCUCGAUCAUCAUUUGGAUCUUCCAGUCACUCACAAAGUCAUCUUCGUCGAGCAGCAACUGUAGGGGAGACAUUGAGUUGUUUAUCUCCCACAAACGGUACGGCUUUUAUUUACGUCGGCGAUUAUAAACACACCUUUAUAGCCACAUCCCUCUAUCCCCAAUCUCUUCUACUGCCCUGCCUCACCGGCGGCUACUUUCGAGUUACGCUUUCACAUCAAGAUACGCUGUCUCGAACGUCUGCUGUACCCGUGAACCUUCACGAUCCUUGGCAGAAAAGACAUUCACUCUUAUCGCUUGCCGAUUGCGAUCUAACAUUUUACAUACAAAUAGAUCUGCUCACUAUCCACAAACACUUCUUUGAAUAAACAAACAUCGAAGCCAAUAUGGAUUCCAUUCAGACACAUCCUUCUAGUGCCGUUGACGCUAAAAACUUCAUCGCGCCCGGCUCACUGUCUUUCCCCGGCGGUGCUGCCGAUAUCACCCCGCCAUCUACUAACGAGGCUGUCGCUGGAAAGCAGCAGGUCACACCUGCGGCUCCCGUCGCUGCCUCACCACCUGCGACCCCAGCUGCCACCCCCGCUGCUACCCAAGGUGUCAGUGGAAUUGUUCCCACGCUACAAAACAUCGUUGCCACAGUCAACUUGGACUGCCGUCUUGACUUGAAGACCAUCGCACUACAUGCAAGAAACGCGGAAUACAAUCCAAAGCGUUUCGCUGCGGUUAUCAUGCGUAUUCGCGAUCCCAAGACUACUGCCCUGAUCUUUGCCUCGGGCAAGAUGGUUGUCACUGGUGCAAAGUCAGAAGACGAUUCGAAAUUGGCGUCCCGUAAAUACGCUCGUAUCAUCCAAAAGCUUGGUUUCAACGCAAAGUUCACCGAUUUCAAGAUCCAGAACAUCGUUGGUUCCUGCGAUAUCAAGUUCCCCAUUCGCUUGGAAGGACUUGCUUCGCGCCAUAUGAAUUUCAGCUCUUACGAGCCUGAAUUAUUCCCUGGUCUCAUCUACAGAAUGAUGAAGCCUAAGAUCGUUCUUUUGAUCUUCGUCAGUGGCAAGAUUGUCUUGACGGGAGCAAAAGUUCGUGAGGAAAUUUACCAAGCUUUCGAGAUGAUCUAUCCCGUGCUUCAAGAUUUCAAGAAGGUCUGAUUCAGUUCAGAUGUACCACCACUUUUUUACAUUGUACAACAUUAUUUCACGAUCUUACGAACAUUAACAUGCAUGGUAGGCGUAUCACAGGGGGGAAAAGAGUCAAAGAAGGGACUCAUAUAUUUGUGCUUUUCAGCAUGUUUGCGCGUGACUAGUCCUGAUAGACUGCGAAACAUCGUCUUUGACGGAUGGCAUUGGUGCGCAGGUCCUGCGAUGCCGUCAUUAAUUGCUACUUCUCUUCUGAUAAAGCAAGUAUUCAAAAUUGCCUUGGUUGGUACAUUUUACAUCAAAUAAUAAAGAAAACA